ACAAUACAUACCUACUCGUAUAAAACAACCACAAGGUUGAAUGUGUGUAUAACACGUGUACACUAAUACUAAAGAGUACACUUGCAGUAACGUCGUGGAUAUAGGUAGGGCAAUGCAAGAGGGUGUGGAACGUAACGUUGAUAGUGUGACAUAAGUAGAGACUGACGGCAAAGGAGUAGAUUAAGAAGGCAGUUUGUUGUUGGAAUACGGUCCUCGUGAUGAGGUCCAGACUUUUCGACAAAUGUGAUAUAUCAUGUGUGAAAUAUGACUUGACCCCUAGGAAAUGUUCCUGCUAAUGUUCCGGUAUCAAUACACCUGACUUUCAUGACUUGAUAUUCAUUUAUACAGUUACACUUAAUGCAAUGUAAGAGGAUUGACAAGUAAAACAUGAUGAGAAUGCGAAAAUGCAGGAUUGGACUAGUGGUAGAUGUGGUAUUGAUACUCCUAAUAUUGAUCUUAGGCUCAUUGUUCAUGUUCAGGAAAAACAAUGUUGUCUCUAGCGAUUACGCGUCCCCACCAAAGUUACAAUUGAACAUACAAGGGGAUAACACCCCUCUAUAUAUCCACCAGGGUACUACCAGAUACACGUCCGAAGAGUUGCACAAACCUACACUAUGGAAAGACGCUUCCAAAAGCAACAUUUAUAUUCACCUACCACGGGUAUGAGUUUUACGAUCUCAAAAUAACGCUUAAUAUACUUCUACAGCGCACACCAAAGGAACUGAUUGAUGAGAUUAUAGUUGUUGAUGAUGGUACCACAGUGGAGUACAUACGUAAAGACUCUGAGUCUUUCCUUAGUCAGUACCAAACGUUGAGAGUUAUAAGAAACAGUGCAAGAUUGGGCCCGGCAAGCUCUCGUUUGAAAGGCGCUCACGAGGCCAAGCUUGGAGCCACUCUUGUGUUUUUAGACCAUAAUGUGGCGUGUAACGAAGGCUGGCUAGAGCCUCUACUGCACGAAGUGGAGCUUGAUUCCUCCACGUUGGCCACACCACUCUUUGACAGCCUGGCAGAUGCAAUGACGAUGAAGUACAUGCCCUCGGGAGAGAACUUAACACAUGUCUUCACGUGGGGUAUGCGAACAGUAUCAUAUAUGACUCAACAAUACCCAAGCGUCUCUAGCAUACGCUCAACUGUGGUCAUGCGUGGUCACGUCUUUGCAGUGCAGAACGAGUUCUUCCAGAAAAUUGGAGGGUAUGACCCAACGAUUGAGCUCGGAGGAGGAGAAAACCUGGAGCUAUCGUUCCGGACUUGGAUGUGCGGGGGCAAUAUUAAAGUUGUCCCUUGCUCUCGGGUCGGUAUUCUCGCUCUCAAUCAUCCCCUUGAAAUAACUAAUGGGAACAACAUCAAGCGCAUCGUUGAACUGUGGAUGGGCGACCGUAGGGGGUUGGUGCUACGCGAUAAACCAGAUGCAGACAUUGUUAAAUCAGUUCAAGCGCGUAAAUCUAGUCUAGAGACUUUGAAAUGCCAUGAUUUUUCAUGGUUUCUUAAUGAAGUGGCGCCAUUCCUGGAAACACCUAAACAUAUACCUAAUCAAUUUGGAACCCUGUAUGUAAAAAGUGGCUACUGUGCGAGAAGGAGCUCAGAUAACAAUCUCCAGUUGGGUGAGUGUAGAAAGAACGAAUAUAGCCCAAAUUCGGUGUUCCAUCUCCAUACAAACGGAAAGCUAUUGUGCGGAGGAAAUUGUCUCACAUUGACUCACUCUAGAUUUAUCACAGUCCAACCCUGCAGGGAAGGUGACGAUAAACGACAACAUUGGAAAUACGAAGACACUGGGGAAAUCACCACAAAGGACCCACAUAAGGAGGGUGAUAAACUUUGCAUGAUGCACGUCACGGACCCCGAUACCGCAAAUCAUGGGCGGCAGAUACUCAUGGUCCAACAUUGCCACAUUGGAGCAAAUCAUGAUUUUCAAAAAUUUGUUUUUAAUGUUUUCUAAAAGUGAUAAAUCAUGUAAAUUGCGUAUUUCAAUAUUUUACUUACGAUCCUUAUUUUAUUUUUGAAAAUAACAAUUGAGAUAUCUGAUCAAAUAUAGAUGUUAUUAAGAUGAUUUCAUCAAGGUAAUGAUUGCAGUGGCUCACUAUGUGAGCUAACAUUAAUAAAAUUGAUAUAGGA